AUGGCGCUCCGAUUCAUCGAAAUCCCGCGGACGAAAGCCAGCAAAGCACACAUCGGUGGCUCAAUCCUCGAUUUGCCGGGCGAGAUACGCACCAUGAUAUACGUCCACCUCUUUGAGCACCAAGAAAGCGUUCGAUUCGAGUAUUCUGAGGACCAAGAACAAGCGAUGAGCAAGAGUACCCAGGAUGAAGAGAACGCACCAAGUUCAUGCGCACCGGUCAAGUCGGAUGCGUUCACCAGUAUCCGCGGCGGCAUGAACUUGCUGCUCAGCUGUCGCCAGAUCUACGACGAGGCCGCGAGUGUCUUGUACAGCAACAACACUUUCGUCUUUGGCAAGGCACCGACCGACUGUGUACCAGAUUAUAAGCGCCUUCAGUCGGCUACAAAAGAUCUCAGACAGAUCCAGUCGGCCGCGAACUGGUGUCUAGGGUCCCAGAUGCAGUAUGUCCGACAGGUCAAAAUUGAUGUCGCCAAUGGAUGUUGCAAGGGCACCUGCCUCAUGCACACGUUGUGGCACCAGAGUACCAACAUUACUCCACUCGUAAAGGCGAUGUGGUCACCCUCAGCUGCGAAAUGUCACUUCGAAUUCGUUAGCUCGAACGCGUGGUCUGAAGAUGGCCACAGUCAGUCACACUUUGACAUCGAGGCCGCGAACACAACACUCGAAUACCUUCGCGCAGAUACCGUCGCCUUCGAAAGGUACUCCCGACAGGUUGUUGCUGUGAUGACUGCGCCAAGAACGUUGACUCCGGAGGACAAGCCAAAGGGUUUUGCGUACAUUGUGCUUGGACAAAGCGGUAGUCAUCAGGACACGCGACAAUACCUCCUGCUGCACCCUGGGAAGAAGACAGGCAAGCUUCGCGCCACAAUGCGAUCGCCAGCGCCACACCUGAUGGGUUUGCCUUAUAGUGUACGGGAGCGGAUUGGUUCAUACGUCCUGGAUCACCAGGAGGCUGCGAACUUGAUGUUGUUAAUGGAUCGCAUGAGGGGUUUCUAUCUGGGGAUCUUUCCUAUCAAGAGUUCCUUCGACAUCAAUAUGUUAUGGUGGUAG